UUCAACUACACAAGCUAACCGUGUAAAGGUAACUUGUCCAAAAUUAAGUGUAUAAUGGUUGGUCUUCAGGGGACGAAACAACAAUAGUGUUCGGCCUUCGGCGAUUACGGUUCAAGCACCGCACAGCCCUUCAGUAUCACGUGACAUUAUCGGGCAGCUUGUGCUUCUCCGAAGUUCCAUGGCAACUGGUUCCGCGCCACCCAGCCUCAUCCGUAAAACUCCUUCGUCUAGAACUAUUCAUAUAUUAAGCUACCAAGGGAUACGAGUUGCAAGUAUAACAGCCAAUUUGGAUAGCUUCUUUCUCGGAUCAAUCCCCUUUAUCCCAACCUCUCCUCUCAAUCUCUUAUUUCCGAGUUUUUCGUUUUUUUUUUUUUUCUGCAAAACGCGUCAGACAAAAUUUCAACCCUUUUCAGACCUUCUUUUCCCGCCAGACACAUAAGCCACUGUCUGCUACUAAACCACAUAUACAACCCUUUUAUGAAGUUGCUAUUCCUCUCUGCGUUGGUGCCGCUUGUUGCCGCUUUCGAUGUGGUAACCACAGUGCCCGUAUCGCCCACCAACCAAGUCAUCACGCCGUUCGACUCCCAGGACUUCUGCUCUCUCUCCAUCACCGACACAUGCAACACGACCAUCGCGUACAUUGACACGGCUAAUGCGCAGUUGCGUCCGGCUUUAUCGCAGUUGGUGCGCCGCAGCUACUUCAAGUACUAUAAGCUUAACCUCUACAAGAGCUGCCCCUACUGGAAGGAUGAAGGCUUCUGUGUGAACCGGAACUGUGCGGUGGAUUUCAUUGAGGACUGGGAUUCGCUCAAUGAUACGUACCAGCCGGCGCAGUUGGGGUCGUUCUACAAGGCCGACAGCGCCAAUAGUGAUAGCGAGGACGACGUGCUGGAUAAAAACUACUGCUAUUUGGAGGACGACAUGGAUCUUGAAUGCCAGGUCGUGUCGCUUGUGGAUAACCCCGAGCGCUUCACGGGCUACGGUGGUGCCCAGUCGGCACAGAUCUGGAACUACAUAUACCGCGAGAACUGCUUCCCCGACACAACCCACAUGUCCGAAAACCAGGACGGCGCCACAUGUGUGGAGAAGAGGUUGUUCUACCGCUUGGUCUCCGGAAUGCACGCGUCGAUCGCUGUUCAUUUGUCGCACGAAUACUUGAACACCAAGACCGGCGCGUUCGCCCCGAACUUGCGCUUGUUCAUGAACCGUGUGGGUAAUUUCAACGACCGCUUGGCCAACGUCUACUUCAACUAUGCGAUUGUUUCACAGGCCGUGGCAAAGUUGCUCAACCACCCAGAGUUUUCGUUGCCUCAGACAAACGACCACCCACACAACCCGGCAUACAUCGAGGAAAUCUUGGACGUCAUGAAAACCCAGCUUUCGGGUACCCUCAACCAACAACAGCUCUUUGACGACUCGUCGCUCUUCCGUGAUCCUUCAUUGAAGGAUGAGUUCAGAGACCGCUUCCGCAACGUCUCUUCCAUCAUGGACUGUGUGGGCUGUGACAGGUGCAGGCUUUGGGGCAAGAUCCAGACCACUGGCUACGGUACCGCCUUGAAAGUGUUAUUUGAGAUGGAGGCCGAGGGUACCGCCAUGCUUGGUUUGAAAAAGCAGGAGGUGGUUGCCUUGAUCAACACAUUUGACCGGUUGUCGAAGUCUGUAGCGGCCAUCAAUAACUUCAAGGUGUUGUACUUGGAGUCGUUUGGUGAAGGUGGCGAAAAGGGGAACCGGAUUGAAUUUCCCUUCCAAGCUGUGAGUGGGGUAGACUCUGAUGCAGAGUCGGAUGAAAAGUCGCAGCCGAACCGCAAGAAAACAUCCAAGAAAAACAACCCGUACUUGAAGCAGUCGCACAUUACUGCCAAGUCCAAGAGCAACCUUAAAAGUGCCUUGAACCAGGAAAUAGCUACUAUUUGGGAAGCUCUUAAGUUCAUCGGUAGGUCCUACCUCUACUUACCCCAGCUCCUCUACCAGAACACCUUGUUCUACACCAGCAUCUAUUGGAACUGGUUCAUGGGCAACUACGAGUAC